AUGAAGUCGGCCACUGGCACCCGGAAGCCGUACAUCGGCAACACUCGCUCCCUCGUUAUCGCCCUCGACGUCGGCACGACAUUCAGCGGUGUCUCGUAUGCCAUCCUCGAGCCUGGCGAUGUUCCCAAGAUCCACGGUGUAACCCGGUUCCCCGGUCAAGAACAUGUCGCAGGCAACUCCAAGAUUCCUUCUAUAAUGUAUUAUGACUCUAAUGGCGAGAUGCGAGCGGCCGGCGCGGAGGCGGAGGGUGCCUCGGCCAUCGCACAGGCCGAGGACGAAGGCUGGAGCAAGGCCGAACUUUUUAAGCUCCGGCUGCGGCCCAAGACGAUGAAGCUGAAGAUGAACGGCAUGCGCCUAGCACCUCUGCCCCAUGGGAAGACCGCCGUCGAUGUCUUCGGCGACUUCUUGUCCUAUCUCUUCCGGUGUACGCGUUCCUUCAUCAUCGACACCCACGCGAACGGCGCCGGCCUCUGGCGUGCUGUUGAACCCGACAUCCAGCUCGUCCUUUCUCACCCCAACGGCUGGGAGGGCGCGCAACAAGCGAAGAUGCGCCGCGCCGCGGUCUACGGAGGACUCAUCACCGACACGGAUGAGGGUCGUGCGCGGAUACGUUUCGUGACGGAGGGCGAGGCGAGUUUGCACGCCUGUGUACUCAAUGGGCUCGCCGCGGACAACUCGUCCGGUCACGGGUUUAUCGUCGCCGACGCUGGUGGAGGAACACUCGACAUCAGCUCGUAUGCUAUCCGCGCAACUGCACCCCUUGUCAUCGAGGAGAUUGCCCCUCCAGACUGUGAGCGUUUGCGUGUAUUCGCUGGCUCCGUGUUUGUCAGUCGACGAGCGCGUGCGUUCUUUGAAGAAAAACUUCGGAACUCGAAGUACGGGACACCCGACUCUCUGGAGCACAUCACCAAGCGAUUCGACGAGACCACCAAACGCCUCUUCCGCGAGCAGAACACGCUACAAUUCGUCCCUUUCGGCUCUCCUCUCGACAAGGAUUUGAGCGCGGGCAUUCGUAGCGGGCAGCUCAAGUUGACCGGUGCCGAGGUCGCCGCACUCUUCGAGCCUUCAAUCGAGUCGGCGGUACUGUCGAUAAAGUCUCAGAUCGAAGCGUCGGGUGGAGCCGUCAAGUCUGUGUGGCUCGUGGGUGGUUUCGCCGCGAGCCCCUGGCUUUUCGCGCAGCUGCAAGAGCGUCUAACCCCUCAGCAAGUCACUGUGAGCCGACCUGACACUCAAACGUCGAAAGCAGUCGCCGACGGGGCAAUCGGCUUCUACUGUGAUCAUCAUGUCAAUGCCCGGAUCUCGAAGUUCGUGUACGGUGUCGAGUUCUUGCGGGAGUACGACUCGAAAGACGAAGAGCAUGUCUCUCGCAAGCACCGUCUCUUCGAAAUGCCCUCCGGCCCGCGCUUGCUCCCCGACGCCUUCGAUUGCAUCCUCGCUCGUGGGGUCAAGGUUAAGGAGUCCAACGUCUUCAGCCGCAAGUACUGCACGGAGGUCACCAGUCUCAACACACUCUCCGUCUUCGAAGUCGAGAUUUGGUGCUACCGUGGCAACGACGACAUCCCCAAAUGGAUCCAUCGGUCCUCCGACGACUUCUCCACGCUGUGCUACGUCCGCGCAGACCUGUCCCCGUUGUCGGGAAGUGCGCAGGCGAAGCAGAGCCGUAGCGGGAAGCAGUACUGGACGAUUGUGUUCAGCAUCGAGAUCCACUUCGGUCUAACAGAGUUCAAGGCACGCAUCAAGUGGGUCGACAACGGCAAGACGAAGUAG